AUUUGAGCUCUUGACAGCUUACCAACAAGCAAGUAUCAUCAGCCAGUCGAAUUCAAAUGAAACAUAUACUGAGCAAUUAACAUGGCUGAUGCUGAAUGUCCGUGGAUUUUCAUUAAGCAGAGUCGCUCUCUCCAUAUGUAUCCCCCAAUGUUUCUAUCUAUGACCAUGGUGAACAAAAGGGCAGAGGGCUUGUGCUUUAUUCUAAUGACGAGGGUAGUGAAUAAUGGGAUGUAAAAUGCAAUCAAAAUUGCACAUAAUUAUAUAUCUCAGAGAACAGCCAAACAGGGAGGAGACAAUUCCAACACACACAUACACAUACACACAAACAAACAUGCGCACAGAGCAUCAUCCACCCACAAACACAAAGAACAAUCAGCCCUCAGUGAUAAAUGCCAUGAGUCUCCAUCCAAGUUUCACACGGUCUCUUCAUGAAUAUUCUGGCUGGACAAAUGCAGCUCUGAACACUGUCUCCAUCAGGAUUUGACGAGAUGCUGAUUCAAGAGAAGCAAAAUUACAAUGAGGCAGCAGGUGUGGGAGAGAUCUGACGAGGUGUGUGGGCCCGUAGCGUGACACCGAGCUGGGGAGAUGAGGACCGUUCUUCCCGUGUGUGGAGGCGGCGAUGGAGGGGAGUCCCGCGGCCUCCGCAGCAGGAUGGGCAGGAUGAGCAGGAUGAGGAAGCUGCUGUGGCUGAGGCCCAGUCAAUGCGUGGACAUCCACACUGACACGGAGCCCGGCGUGUGGCUGAGGAGCUUCCAGUUGUUAGACACUGACGCACAGUGUGAGGACCCGGUGCAGGAGUGGGGGGAGGAGGAGGAGGACGGGGCCGUGUUUGGCAUCACGCUGCGCAGGGAGCCCGUCCCGCCGAGCUCGGACGCGGCGGAACUCUCCACGGCCUUCGGCUUCGUCCAGUACCACACGGUGAAGGUGCGCAGGCUGAAGGCUGCCACCCUGGAGCGCCUGGUCACACACCUGCUGGACCCCAAACACCAGGAGCCCGACUUCAUCCGGGUCUUCCUCUCCACCCACAGGGCCUUCACCUCCACCAGCACCCUCAUCGAGCUGCUGUUUCAGAGAGAUGACUCCAUCGCCAACCAGGAUAACACCGUCUGCCCUCGCAGUACCUUACCCCCGGUGAUUCGGCUGUGGCUAGAGGAAUACAGCGAAGACUUCCAUGAACCGCCUCAGUACGAGUCCCUCAGGCUGUUGUGUAUGCACUUGCGGCAUCGCCUCUGCUUCAGACGUUUAGCUCAGACUGCUGCAACCCUGCUCAAGAGGCUUCAGGAACAAGAUGGCAGCGAGUCUGCGUCACAGCACAGCAGUGAAUCACUGCAGCAGGAGCCCAGAGAUCAGGAGGACGGAGGAGAGACGUCCACUAAGGAGGAAGACAAGCACAGCUUUAUGGACUUCCCCGUGAGAGAAAUAGCAGAGCAGCUGACCAGACUGGACUCUGAUCUGUUUGUCAGAGUGGUGCCCUUCCACUGCCUGGGCUGCGUCUGGUCCCAGCGUGACAAGAAAGAAAAUCGAAACUUGGCACCCACCGUCCGAGCCACCAUCUCCCAGUUCAACGCUGUCACCAACCGUGUCAUCACCUCGCUCCUCUGCCCGUCCUCGCCCAGUCCUUCAACUUCGUCUCCCAUCUCAUCGCCUCUCCCCUCCUCUAGCUUCCUGUACCCCCCCACUGCCCCGAGCUCACCCCGCUGCUCGCACGCCAGCCCCGCCCAAAGAGCACGCAUCAUAGAGAGGUGGAUUGCUGUUGCACAGGAGUGCAGACAACUGAAGAAUUUCUCCUCUUUGAGGGCCAUCCUCUCAGCCCUGCAGUCCAACGCCGUGUAUCGCCUAAAGAAGACCUGGGCUGCUGUCAGCAGGGAAAGCAUGGCUACCUUUGACCACCUGUGUGAGACUUUCCCUGAUGAAAACUGUGUGCUAACCAGCAGAGAGAUCCUUGUGGAGGAUGGGAGGCAACCAGACAACAGUGCCACCUCGGGCUCUAAAUCACCACGGUUCUGCUCAGUGUCCAGACAGGCGAGCUUCAGUGGUGGUGUUGUGCCGUACCUGGGCACUUACCUGACCGUCCUCACCAUGCUAGAUACAGCACUGACUGACACUGUGGAGGGCGGACUCAUCAACUUUGAGAAGCGCAGACGGGAGUUUGAGAUUCUUUCCCAGAUUCGACAGCUUCAGACUUCCUGUUCCCGCUACAGCCUUCCAGUGAACCCUCAUAUCACUGCCUGGCUGCAGGCACACACGCUGCUCACCGACCAGGAGAGCUAUGAGCUGUCCCGUGACCUGGAGCCUCCGGUUGACCCCUGUCCCACCUCUCCCAACUCAUGGAGCAGCCGUCUGCUCACAAAGAAGCUUGCCUUGUUGCGAACAGCCAGCGACAGCUCCCUCAGGAAGACCCACGCCGAUCAGAUCAGCGUGUCGUCCUCUGGCUCCAGCAGCUCAGACAUGGAGGACCUCUCCUCCGCCCCUCAGCCCUCCCCCCUCAGACUCAAACUCAAGUCUCUCUCGGGUUCUCUUCACAACGUAGCGGAGGACUUCUCCUCCCCCAGUCUGUCCAGCUCCUCCUGCAGCUCCUCUCAUCCAGACCUCAGCUCCUCCUCUCUGGUGCUGAGCCCCGAGUCGUCGUCCUCGGGCUGCUCUCCUCAGGCUUCGCUGCCCGUCUACAACAAACAGGUCGCUGACUCAUGUAUCAUCAGGGUCAGUGUGGAGUGUGUCAGCAAUGGGAAUGUCUACAAGAGCAUACUGCUGACCAGUCAGGACCACACACCUCAGGUGAUUCAGAGAGCUAUUGAAAAACACAACAUGGAGGACGUCAGCUGCCACGACUUCAGCCUCUACCAGAUGCUCAACAGUGGAAAAGAGCUCCAGAUCCCCGACAAAGCCAAUGUAUUUUAUGCCAUGUGCACCACCGCCAACUACGACUUUGUCCUGCGCCAGCACUGGAGGAGCCACGGGAGACAUUUCGGCUCUUCCUCCAGUCCCAGGGCUCAGCCGAGGAGCCGUCACGCCAAAUGAUAGUGAGCAUCUGUCCUGACUGAAGGUUAGGAGUACAACUACAAGACAAGAGGAGCUGCUCAUCUGGAGCAACAACACAACAACACAUCUGUGGCUGUUUGUAUCUUCUUAUCACCAUGAGGCUGUCGCUGCGCAGCAGAUAUGAGCCACUCCGCGAGAAUCCCAAGAAACCUGAGAGCUUCUACUGAAAAGGAACUUUGAAGGAGUUCUUGGCAAGAAGUCGUCAUUACCGGGAGAAAUGUUGAAAUGUGUCAAGAAAUAUUCUGGACUGUUAAAAGAGUUUGAGGAAAAUGUCCAAGUAUACAAAAGAGAGACAUCAAGAAGUGGAGACAAAUGUUGUACCCUCUUAUCUCACCACCAUAUUUGGAUAAAUGAACCACAUCUACCCAGGACGUUUUUUCCUUAGAUAAACGCACAUUGCGGAUCGUAGUGCAUCAUGAAUCCCGAUCCAAACCCCCCCCCGGAGGAACACUUCAACUUUCACUGCAGCCGUUUACAAACAUCAGGAGCAGCUGGUCUGACAAAACAUAUAACUGUGUCAUAACUCCACAGUGGAACAUGACAAAUGUGGCUGCAGAAUCAGGUCCUCAGACUGGGGUGCAGUUUCUUGUCUUGGACUCAUACAGCAGAUUUUGGACUUUUCCUGCAGCUCCCUUGGGCUGAAUGAGUAACAGGAGCUGCUCAGUUUCCCAGAUACACAGAACAUAAUGAAGAAAGGUUGGUCAGGAUGACUAAGAAUGGGAUGUUCACUGUUAAGUUGAUGAGUAAGCAUUCCCAAACUGAAAUCUGUCUAUGAUUUCAGACAUGCUGAGCUCAUUGAAAGAACAAAUCAAAUGGUGUUUGAAACGCUGUUUGGACCCAGGCCUGUUACUCCUGACAUGGAGAUUUUAUUUGUCCAGAGAGUUAGUGAUACGUGUUCACAGUCAUCUCCUAGUUAAGAAUUUAAAUGUUUUAAUGUAACUUAAUGUAAUUUUAUCAACUUAAAUUAUUUAAUGCAUUUCAGUAUUCAGCUUUUAGAGCAAAAGUGGCAUGAUAAAUGUUUUGUUUGUUUUAUGUUUUAGUUCAUUUUGGACCCUCAUCAGUGCUACACUGUUCUUAGACAUCUUACUUUAGUAUCUCAUAAACUCAACUGAAGACUCUCUUGUCACUGUCUGCUCUUACUAAAUGAAGGAGACUUUGUGUAUGCACAUAAUAUGCACGUUAUAAAUGUUUAUAUUCAGUGGUUUUUGCCUGGACUGUGGCAUUCAGGACAGAGGGUACAAAGAGGAGCCAAAAUGUUGACAGGGAGGCAUCUCUGUCAUGUGAUGGUGAAGGCUGUGAUUCAGGCGAGGCUGCUGAUCAUGUAUGUCUGUAAUCUAGAGCAACUUAACUCAGAAUGAAAGUACAAGAACAGGCCUUCUGUCAUGAGUGGAAUAUAGCUAAUUCCACCUGCCUGUGUGUGAUGCUGUGAAGGAGAUUUACCUGAAGAACAGUUCUCGUAUGUGAAAAUGAAGCGUCUCAGUAUGUGAAUUUAUGUGACAUAUGUGAUCAUCUCAGUGAUGUGAAGUCCUCCCCAAAGCUACCAGGCAGCUCUCUGCAAGUAAUUAACAAUGAGUAUUGGUGCAAUAGUCAAAUAAAUUCAUUGGAAGAUGCUUGCACAGUGGUUCACAUCCCUGUUUUCAGUUAAUUAAAGACACACACACACACACAGGUGAGUUUUGGGCAGAAUUUUACAUCACUGAGUUCAGCUACUGUGGUUUGUUUAAAGUGAAGUUAAAUGAUGGUAAUGAGGCCUGGCAGCUGCAAUAUAUGAAGAAGGAGGCCUUCUGCUCUGUCUGUCCAGUAGGCUUUCUUCUUCUUCUCUCCUUUAUUAUGUGUUUGAAAUGUUGACUUUAUGCACAUGGUAACUUAAACCUACAUGUCUUUGUUCUCAUUUUAUUUCAACAGAUUCUUUAAAGUUUAAUCUAAGCACUUGCUGUUUAUAAUUAGUAUAAACUGUGCACUAAUAAAGCUAAUUUACUAUUUA